GUGACUAAGCUCUUAAAUGAUUUCUCACGCCUAACAUAAUUUUCAAGAAAUAUUAUAAUUUACAUCAAACAUGGAGGAGAAUAGUCUACUUCUAUUAAGACCACAAACCUAACACCUAUCUUUUCCACCUCGGUGCUGCAAAAUGAAAGCCACAUCAAGCUGUAAAAGAGGAAGUAUGACUGGUACUGGGGGGCUAAACCAGCAAACUAUGCAUUAAAUACCACCAUCAACACCAGUGAGAUCUUCAGAACUCCUGAGAAGCCUUCCAAGUACAGCAUCAUGAUCAUCUCUGUGCUUUUGCUAGUCACCAUGCUACCAAACCUGAGUGUUCCAGAAUCUGUGCAAGUGGGUAUAGUGAACGGCACAGAAGUCAAACCUCAUUCAAGACCCUACAUGGUUUCAAUUCAAAUAAAUAAAAAACACAUAUGCGGUGGCUUCCUUGUGUCUGCGCAGUUUGUCAUGACAGCUGCGCACUGCUUCAAAUACGGACACAAGCUGACAGUUGUGGUUGGAGCUCAUGAUUACACUAAAGGCUCUGGUCGCAUGGGUGUGAAAUUCUACCACAUCCACCCUGGGUAUAAGCCUAGUCUGCUAAAUGACAUCAUGCUACUUCAGCUAGAUGAAAAAAUCGAAAAGAGCAAGAACGUGAAGUUGAUCUCCAUACCAAAGAAAGAUAAGGACAUCAAGGCCAAGGUCAAAUGCAGUGUUGCAGGAUGGGGGAAAACAAACAACAAUGAUAUAGCAAGUAAUAAGCUAAUGGAGGUGAAUGUCACCAUCAUUGACAACAAAGUAUGUCAGAAGAAGUGGAGAAAAGAAUACUCCACCUCACGUAUGGUGUGUGCAGGCGGUCGUGGAGGAUUUUGCCAGGGGGAUUCUGGAGGACCUUUGGUGUGCAAUACUGAUGCAGUCGGUGUGGUUUCAUUCAAUGAGAAAGACAACUGUGACUCACCUAGUCGACCAAAUGUCUACACCAAGAUUUCUAAAUUUUUAAAAUGGAUAAAUGCUAUUCUUGAAGUUGUGGCUGGAGAUGACAUAAUCAAUGGGGGAAAAAAAGCUUCAAAAAAUUCUUUGCAAUACAUGGUCUCAGUGCAGAACAAUAAACCGCAUCUAUGUGGAGGAUUUCUGAUAUAUCCUCAAUAUGUGCUCACAGCUGCACACUGUGCAAGCUUACAAAAAGUGUUCCAGUCACUACAUAUAACCCAGAUUGCACGUCUGAUGGCAGAUGGAGUUUUCUGAUGAUGACUUUCAUACAUUUUAUGGACCUUGACACUGUUAUUUACAUGAGUCUAUGGGACAGUCUCAAGCCUCCAGGUUUUCAACCAAAAUAUCUUAAAUUGUGUUCUGAAGAUGAACAGAGCUUUUACGGGUUUGGAACGACAUGGGGGUAAGUGAAUAAUGACACAAUUUUCAUUUUGGGGUGGAGUAUCCCUUUAAUUCUGAAAAUUAUGAAAAUUAUGUCAGUGUCCAAAUACACACACACACACACACACGACUCAUGAAUGAUAUGUGUGGUAACACUUUAGAAUACGUAACACUUAUUUACUAUUAACUAUGACUUUUCCAUAGAUAAAUUCCUGCUUAUUAAUAGUUGGUAAGGUAGUUGUUAAGUUCAGGUAUUGGGUAGGAUUAGGGCUGUAGAAUAAAGUCAUGUAGAAUAAGGCAUUAAUAUGUGCUUAAUCAGUACUAAUAAAUGGCUAAUAUUCAAGUAAUAUGCAUGUUAAUAAGCAACUAGUUAAGAGACCCUAAAAUAAACUGUCAUGUGCUUUAUAGGUACAAGUAAACAGCAAAUAUGUUAUUAAUAGUCAUGUUAAUAGUUAAAUAGUGAAAAUUGGUCCCCAUACUAAACUGUUACCAAAUUUUCCUUUUUAGGCGAUUUCUUUAAAUGGUGAUGGUAAAUGUCACAGUUUUCUGUCUUUCUGUCACUGUCUUUUGUGAGUGUUGUGUUUGUUUGGUGCCAUGUGCUUUUGUCCUGUCUCUUUUUUUACCCCGCCUAUCUUGUUACCUCAUCAUUGUUUUAGUUGUUACACCUGGGCUGCCUUCAGCCCCGACAAAACGUUGCACAACGUUUUUUAAACAGAAACGGUGAUGCGUUGAACACACUGUUCUGAUGACGCAAGCGUUGCAACUAUGGCAGCUGAGAAGGCCAUUCUCUGUGUUAUUUUUGAAGAAUUUUCGGAGCCAUCUAUUUAGCCUCACGUACUGACUUUAUUUGUAGUUCAUAUGGGUUUAAUACCCUGUAUUUUCUUUCUCAUUUUUAGGAAAAGCUCUUAAUUACAAUUGUUUAUUUCUAUACCAAAUGUCAUAGACUUGCAAUGAAGCUAAAAAUAUAAACAACUACAUCAUGUUGAUAUCCUAUAUUUUUACAAUAAAACUUACGACAAACAUGUCUUCUAAUAUCCUCAGUUGUUGCGUAUACCGAGCUGCAACGAACACAUGUGUACAUUAUUUUUCUUGAAGUCAUUGUGCGAGUUCACUUUAAUACCGCGUGCUUUAUAUACAUGUUGCUGCUGGUUGGACUGCAGUUCUGACACACCCACCAAACAAGAGAAAACGCAUCUCAAACCCCGUUGCACACCGGUGCACGCCGUUUCCAGGAAACAUGACGUUCAACGCGGAAACCGUAGCAAAACGUUGCGCACCGUUUUGAACUUGAACAUGCCCCUGUGUUUCUCCCUUGCUCCUGGACUCAUUUACCUUCACUCUGCACACCUGUUUCGCAAUCACACACACACAGCUGUUGCUCAUUGUCAUAGACUAUAUAUUCUCAGUUCAGGGUGACAGGUCACAUACUCCCUUUGUCCAGUCAGUUACAUGGAUGCUUCACAUAUGCAAAUAAUAACAUUAACCCAGGGUUUAGGAAUGUUCAGUGAUAAAUGCCAGCAUUUGAACACACAAUUAUUUUCUUACCUCAAGUAAAAUAUGACCAUUUUGAAAAGUGAAACCAGAAAACCCAGAAUGACCCAGAGUUCAUUUUUAGAGUUAUUUUAAAUGUGAAAAGCCCAAAAUCCAAUUUUGAUUAACUUUACAUUUUCACAUCGCCUUCUAUUUCAUCUGUCAGUUUUAUAUAUUCAAAGUACGUUCAUCAUUUAUAUUUAUGUUCAUAAUAAAUGCUUAAAGGUGCAAUGUGUAAUAUUUACAAAGCUAUAAAUAACGUUUUCAGAGGUGGAUAAAGACCUUACUUGAACCGUUAUGUUUUUAUUAGCAUAGAUUGAGCAAUUUCUAUUCAAUUUCUAUUGAAUAAUCAAGUAAAUAGAAUUCCUUAAUUUACCUUUGCAAAGAAAUAUCAUUGCUCUCUGCUGUCUUUACCAAUGACAUCUUUACCGUAUCUUCUCCUAAGGGAGGGGUGAGUGGGGGACUCAACCGUUGGUUACAAUUUGCAACCUCACUGCUAGAUGGCACUCAAAUUUACACACUGCACCUUUAAUUCUUAUCACCCAAACCACCUGUGGCUUAAAUUUGUGACCGCAAGGAUUAACAAGAACUGUGCUCACUCAUUUUACAAUAUAUUUUUUUAAAGAGUAGGUAGCUCAAUGUCUCCGCCCACCUUUAAAGUAUAUUUAUACAGUGUUUUGUCAGUGAGAGCUCACUGAUUUGUCUUCAUGAUGACCACCAUCUCUCUGCUCCUGCUGGCCUCUCUGCUGCCACACCUGACCUUCACUGCUCAUGUAAAUGUGGGUAUAGUGGAUGGCAAGCCUGCCCACUCCAGACCUUACAUGGUUUCUAUUCAAUGGAACAAGCGACACAUCUGUGGUGGAUUCCUCAUCUCUGAUCAGUGGGUCUUGACUGCUGC